GAACAGUUCAGACGGAGUGUAUCAAGUUUCAAAUUACAUAGAAUUCGGAUUUAAUCAGAUUUAUAGAAUUAUUUUAAAAUUCUUGUGAGCUUUGGCUGUGUCAAAUAUUUCCCUUGAUAGUUGUAUCUGUACGUACGUAACAAGUGUAGUUAAACCUGUGUAAACUCAAGUUAAACAAGGAUGGAAACCGGACCACCGAGACGGUUCCGCUCCGAGACGCACCCUUAAGACAGGAAGAGGUCAGACGAUCGUGUUUAUAAUUCAAGUCCAGACGUGGGGGAAGAAACCGCUUACAAUAUGGAUUCGCCAAAAAUUAUUUACAAGUACUACUCAAAUCCCGCUUUCUGUUCCCAAAGCGAGGUUGUAUUUGCACAAAAGUCAUGUGUCACCAAGAUGGUAACCCCGAGUCGAAGGAUGCCACCGUUAGGAGGGAAUUCACCGAGGAAAAACGAAAUCGACAACCGAAUAGUAAGAACUGAUAUAUCCGAUAAUCCAUUGCGUUUGACACCAGCUGGAAGAAUGCGUGAUGAACCACCGGAGCUACCACCAAAGCCUCCAAAGUAUCAGCGGCAGUUCCAAAGGCAGACGUCAUUAAUAUGUAAGCCGACGAGACAAAUCGUACGAUGUAGAACACGCAGCGAGGAUUUAGAAAUGGCACAGCUGAGACAAACACAGAAGAACAAGUAUGAAAGAAACGCUGAAAGCGAUGAUGGCCUAGAAGAUAGUAGAAUGAAGCAUCGAUACGAAGUUAUCAGAGAUAUAGAUGACGGUUUAGAUUAUUCACCGACGAAGAAGAGAAUAGUUGAAGCGGAUGCAAGUGAAAUCGAAGAAUAUAACGUUGACGGACCAGAUGAAAAUGAAAUGAAAGAAAUACCAACUGAAAUUGUGAAAACUGUUAACGGUAAAACACUUAGGUACGCCAUUGUUCCCUCUGAUGAUGAGGAGCCGAGGAAAAUGAAUGUAACCUUUUCAUCGCCGAUCAUGUCUCAGAAAAAUUUGAUCGCAACACAGAAACUACACGAACUGCUCUCGACGCCGAGGAAGUUGAAAAGUUACGCGAGUCAACCUUCCGUGAGGAUAACGCCGAAUAAACAAACAAGUCCUAAUUUGUACGUCGAUACUCCGAAGAAAUUAAUAUCAAGCACACCAACCCAAGGAGUUACUCCUUCCAAGUCCUGCGCCAAUUUAUCAAUAAUGAGAAGCGGAACAUCUCCCAUUUCACCGAAAGUUCCACAGAAAUUAAAUUACGGCUUAUCUGAUGAAUUCCAAAGACAGGACGUGUUUGUUACUAGUUUUAGAGAGAAGAGUCGCGAAAGAAGUUUUGAUAUGGAUAGAAGAGAAGCGAGUAGAGAGAGCAGAAGAAACUACGACAAUAGAGGAAGGGAUAGUCAAAGAAGAGAUAAAAAUACCGCAAUCAUUAUGCCUAGAGUCGCGCCACAGAGCCCGUCGGUAUACUCAGAGGAGACUUACAAAUCUCUGUCGAGCCUAAAAGCUGUAAACAGUUCGUUUGCAUCGCUCACCAUUGCCGCACUGAUGCUGACGUUGUGCGGAGGCCUGACUACUGGAUUGAGCUUCUAUAUGAUGUACACUAUGGGUCGCCGCUACUACCUCGAUUUCGGAGUCCUGUCAGGAUUCACGUGUUUCCUGUUAGGAAUGCUCGGUUUAAGGUCCCGCAGGAAUCAGUUGCUGCCUAACAGAAACUAUAUAUCUGGUUAUAUUGUGCUGUCAUCAUUUUCUCUACUCAGUGCUUUCGGUCUUUUAAUUUUAUUAUCUGUUCAACCACUGCCUGGUACAGCUCUCAACGAUAUUACCUCAGGAGCUGUAUGUAGUAUAAGUAUUAUAUCAUUAUGUCUCGCUACAAUUGGUGUUUUAGCUUCAUAUUGUUGUGCAAGAGACCCACCUGACAACAGAGUCGGUACAACGAGGUGGUAUUAAUACUUUUUGGUGUACAUUUUGACAUAUCAGUUGGCUGUAUGACUACAAUGACAUGUGCCUUUAGCCUUUAGAAAAGAACAGAGUUUCUUAUAGUAUAUUAUUGUUCUAUCGACCUUGCAACUUGUAUUAUUAUUAUUACU